CCUCGUGGCUGGCUCCGGCGGCGGCGGGCGGCGAGGGCGUGCGCCGGCCGGGAGGCGGCGGCGGCGAGGGGAGGGAAGUUUCGAGUGGAAGGUCGUGUGCCGGCCGGCGCGUCCUCCCGCUCUGCGCCGGCAGCAUCAUGGCGGAGCCGGGCGGCUCUCCCGUGCACGUCCAGCAGCCCCAGCCGGCGGCCCCGGGGACAGCGGCGGCGCCUGCCCCCGUGGCCGCCGCGGCAGCGCCCGCCCCGGUGACGCCCGCGGCGGCGGCGGCGCAGGUCGGCUGGCCCAUCUGCAGGGACGCGUACGAGCUGCAGGAGGUUAUCGGCAGUGGAGCUACGGCAGUGGUCCAGGCUGCGCUGUGCAAACCCAGGCAAGAGCGUGUAGCGAUAAAGCGGAUCAACUUGGAAAAAUGCCAGACCAGUAUGGAUGAACUAUUAAAAGAAAUUCAAGCCAUGAGUCAGUGCAGCCAUCCCAACGUUGUGACGUAUUACACCUCUUUUGUUGUAAAAGAUGAACUUUGGCUGGUCAUGAAAUUACUCAGUGGAGGCUCAAUGUUGGACAUCAUAAAAUACAUUGUCAACCGGGGAGAACACAAGAACGGAGUUCUGGAAGAGGCAAUAAUAGCAACGAUUCUUAAAGAGGUUUUGGAAGGUUUAGACUAUCUACACAGAAAUGGUCAGAUUCACAGGGAUUUGAAAGCUGGUAAUAUUCUUCUGGGUGAGGAUGGUUCGGUACAAAUAGCAGAUUUUGGGGUAAGUGCAUUCUUAGCAACAGGGGGUGAUGUUACCCGGAAUAAAGUCAGAAAAACAUUUGUUGGCACCCCAUGUUGGAUGGCCCCUGAAGUCAUGGAACAGGUGAGAGGCUAUGACUUCAAGGCUGACAUGUGGAGUUUUGGAAUAACUGCCAUUGAAUUAGCAACUGGAGCAGCGCCUUAUCACAAAUAUCCUCCUAUGAAAGUGUUAAUGUUGACUUUGCAAAAUGAUCCACCCACUUUAGAAACCGGAGUAGAGGAUAAGGAAAUGAUGAAAAAGUACGGCAAGUCCUUUAGAAAAUUACUUUCACUGUGUCUUCAGAAAGACCCUUCCAAAAGGCCCACAGCAGCAGAACUUUUAAAAUGCAAAUUCUUCCAGAAAGCCAAGAACAGAGAGUACCUGAUUGAGAAGCUGCUUACAAGAACGCCGGACAUAGCCCAGAGAGCCAAAAAGGUAAGAAGAGUUCCUGGGUCAAGCGGUCACCUUCAUAAAACUGAAGACGGUGACUGGGAGUGGAGUGACGACGAGUUGGAUGAAAAAAGUGAAGAAGGAAAAGCAGCUUUUUCUCAAGAAAAGUCACGAAGAGUGAAAGAAGAAAAUCCAGAGAUGGCGGUGAAUGCCGGCAGUGUUUCAGAGCAGGUUCAGUCCCUUUCUGUGCAGGACUCUCAGGGCCUACCCAAUGCUAGUGAAGACUGUCAAGCAGCUUCCUGUGCCGUGAACCUCGUUUUAAGGUUAAGAAACUCCAGAAAGGAACUUAAUGACAUACGAUUUGAAUUUACUCCAGGAAGAGACACGGCAGAUGGUGUUUCUCAGGAGCUCUUCUCUGCUGGCUUGGUUGAUGGGCAUGACGUAGUUAUAGUGGCUGCUAAUUUACAGAAGAUUGUAGAUGAUCCCAAAGCUUUAAAAACAUUGACAUUUAAGUUGGCUUCCGGCUGCGACGGGUCGGAGAUUCCUGAUGAAGUGAAGCUGAUCGGGUUUGCGCAGUUGAGUGUCAGCUGAUGUACGUCCCUCGACGCUGUCCUCUCCUGCCCUCCCCCAACCCCUCCUCCCAGUUCCCAGCAAAAUCAGAAGAUUGUGAAGAGACUGGCUUCAAUGAGAUGGGAUAAAAACAAUUUUUUUGACCUUAACAAUACUCCCAAGUUCUGCUUUAUUCUCUAGCAAUCCACAGUAUGAUAACACGCAAAUGCCACAGCUGUGCAACUGUUGCUAUUUAAUAUUCUCAGCAAUCAAUUCGGAUACCCCUUAAGUGAAAAGAAUCUGAAAUACACUCAGGUGGCCCUAUUAUUGGCAACAAAAGGAAUUUUUUCUAUCAGAAGCCUAGUUCUUUCAUCGUUUUUUCUGUUCUCCUUUAAUUGUAUAUCUGACAAUAACUGCCUCUUUAUGUUGUAUUUAGAAAUUAAUAUACUUAUAAAAUUAAGAUUUAUUAGCCAAACUUGAAUUCUAGUUUUCAAACUGACUGUGAAUUUUAUUUUUCAUAUAUUUAUGCAUUACACACCUUAGCUAUAAGAAGAAAAGUUUUUGAUUAUAUGCUUCUUGCAGUUAAUCUCGUUAUUUAAACAAAAAAAAAAUUCAGGUCUAUCUUUGGAGUAUUUAUAACUUCCGGUUUUUGAAAUGACUGAAUUAGGAUGCUACUCUUGGUUCGUUUGCCUAAAAACCAAUCCACAAUCUGAUUGUCUCUUGGGAGAGGGAGGCGCCUUGCAAAUUUUGAUAUCAAGAAUGUGCCUGAGACUGCUUUGCUCUGGGAAAGUCUCAGAUCUAAAAUGUCCUCUACAUGAAGUGACAUCUUUAAGCUUUGCUUCACGGGAACGUUUAGAAUGCUGUGUAAGAUGUUGCCAUUCUUUUAGAUCGCUCAUUAUGUAUCCAUCUCUGAUUUGACUUCUCCUUAAGUGAUACACUUGAAAAUACCAGAAUCUGAGUUCUACUUGAAAUUUUGCAGAAUACCCAGAUGGAGUGAAAAAUAAUAGAAAGGGUCUUGUGCAAUGACUAAAGGUAAAACGCUGUUAAGAAUAAAUACUUUCAACCCACAUAGCCCUCUGCUUGACUAUAUAUUAUGAAAUAGUAAACCUUAGGAUUUUCAAAAUUGGAGUCUCAACUUUUGGCAGGUGGGCUCCCGGGAUGGUACCGUUGCUCUUUCCUAGCUAACCCUAGAUAUGGCAGCUCUUUAAUGUACUUUAAAAAGCAACUCUAUAUUACUAAGGAAAACAAGUUAUUUAUAAUUGCCUUGUCAUAAUUGUUAAGGUGUUCUAGAGCCAUUUGCCUACAAUUUAAUGUAAUUUCAUUCCAUUCUAUUGUUUACACGACGAUUACUCAAAGAUGACUGCAAAGGUGAAAGGACAAUAAAAGUGUCUAUUGCACAGAG